AUGAGCGUGGACGCGGCCGCGGCGCGCCCGCGGCUGGCGGCCUGCAUUGUCUGCCGACGGAGCAAGAUCAAGUGCGACUGGACACCUGGUGAGGUGCAGUGCAAACGGUGCAUCCAGCUGGGCAAGGAGUGCGUGCGGCCCCAUGUGCACGUCGGGCGGCAAAAGGGCAUCAAAAACAAGCGCGUAGGUCUCGACAAGGCGCUGUAUCAGAUUGAGCAGGUUGUGAGACGCGGCGGGAGCGGUGACACGUCCCAGUCGGGGGAUGGAGGCCGGAUUGUCGCGCGGCUCAAGGAGCUGCUGGACGAGGCGCAGGCAAGGGAGCAUCUCACAGAGUCAUCGGCAAGGACCAAUCAGCUGGACUACCAGCACAUGGACGAAUCCAGUGAUGCCGAGCCGCUGGCUGAGGACGGCAGCCAGGACGACUCCACGCCAGAUAUGCCACCGGCGAACGCAGACACGCUUGCCAUUGACGACGCGGAGAACCCGCUGCAGUUGCUGGCGAGAGCGUCGUACUUCCAGCCGCCUGAGGAGCCGCGGAGAAACGACGUCGGACAUAUGCCGACAGCCACUUUACAAAAUCAGCAGCAACAGCCGCCGCCGCCAACGCAUCAGCAUCAGCACACCCGGCAGCCGCCGCGCGCAAGGCAGCACACGCACUCGGACAAGGCAAAGGAAGCGCGCGAGCUGCAACAGUUCUUCGGGUCGGCGGCCAGCGUCAACCUGGACAUUGGCGACGACAUUGAUCCUCUCAGCCUGGGCCUCGUCACAGUCGAGGAGGGGGAAGCCUUGUUCCGCUUCUUCUACGAUAAGCUCGCACAUACACGAUGGGGCCUGGACCCCCGACUAUACACAUUGAGCUACACGCGGUCACGCUCCGCGUUUCUGUGCACAUCCAUCAUGGCUGCCACCGCGCUCUUCUGGGCCUCGGCCGGCGCUCUGUCCAAACGCCUCUCAACCCACGCGAAGAUGCUGGCCAACCGCAUCACGCCACACCGCCUCAAAUCCGUGGAAAUCGUGCUCGCCUACCUGAUCAACGUGCCUUGGAUGUUCCCUGGGUCGCACUCUACCAACGACGAGACGUCGGCGUACAUCAGCAUGGCCAUGACGAUUGCCAUUGACCUGAGUCUACACAAGGUGCUGAUGCCGCAGGACUUGCUUGGCCACGGGACGGGCGUGACCGUGGCGCGUGGCGAGUGUCUGGACCCCAAGACGGCAUUGGCUAUGGACGGCUUCCCGGACGUCGACCCCCUGUCGGAGCAGGGCACGCUCCUCCUCCGAAGCCGCGAGCGGUGUUGGAUCUCGCUCUUUGUUCUGGAGCGGGGCAUGUGCCUGGCGAGAGGACGGCCAUUCCUGGUGCCGGUCACGCGUCUGCUGAAAGACUGCGACAUUUGGCACAAGAGCUCGCUCGCGGAAAAGCAGGAUGGCCCGCUGCUGUCCAUGGCGGUGCUCCGGCGUGAUCUGGACGCGACGUUUGCGACGGUGAGGGCGUACUGCGAUGGGACACAGGGGGUCAGCAGCGAUGGCAGCCUUGCCGCGCAGUCUAUCGAAUCAACAAUUGAGAGCUUCUUUGACCAGUGGUACGCCAACUGGGGCGCGAUGAUCGGCGCAGGGCCGGAGCGGCGCUUGCCUCCCUACGUCGAGAUCCUCGUCACCCACACCCGUCUUUCCAUCUAUGGCAGUGUCAUCAACCAUCCCACGGCCCCUCUCGAAGUACGCCGUUUCUUCCGGACAGCGGGCCUGUCCUCCGCGCUGGCGGUCCUGCGCACAGCCAUUCAGGGCGAGGCGCAGCUGCAGUCGAUGCCCAACAACACGACAAUCAUGAUCUCCUUUGCGGCGUGCUUCGCGCUGACGCUGAGCGCGUACACGGCUGGCGGGUCGACGUUGGCGCCCAGCGUGCGCAAGCUCAUUGACGAGACAGCGAGCGUGCUCGAGAGGAUCGGCGCCGUCACCGAGCACCGCAACGGUCUCUCCAGUCUCUACGGCCGACACUUGCGGCAGAUUGUGCGUCGUGCCGCCAAGGGGGGCAUCAAGGAAGGCCUGCGCAUGCCAACGGCAUCGCCCUCGGUGCCGACAUCACUGGGUACGCCGCCCAUCGCGACAGGCGUUGCAGCUACACAACCAAUGGACCACCAGGCUGGUCCGCCUCUGCCGCAUCAGCAUCAUCCUCCGCUCCCACAGCAGCAGCAGCAGCUCCUGUGGCCUGAAACGCUGCAGUUCUCUACCAUGUCCGACGACCAGAUCAUGCAGGUCCUGAACCAGCCGGGGAACGACUUUGAGCCCUCGUUUGGUGGGCUAUCCUGGGACGACAUGAGCAACUUUGACUGGCUGCAUUGGCCCGAGUUCGCGAGCUGA